GGUGUACUCAGCAGAUUCAGUCAAAUACAGCCAAAGUUAAUAUUCUCAGUAAACGCAGUGGUAUACAAUGGCAAAACACAUAAUCAUUUUGACAAACUGAAAUGUGUCGUGGAUGAGCUGACAAACAUUGAAAAAGUUGUCAUCGUCCCGUUUGUUGGAAAGGAAGAGGACAUUCAAAUGCCUGAUAUACCAAACAGUGUCUUGCUGUCUGAGUUUUUGAAAUCUGGUUGUCAAAAUGACGGUUCAUAUCCGGCACUUACAUUUGAGCAACUUCCAUUCAAUCACCCCCUCUAUAUCAUGUAUUCAUCAGGAACUACAGGAGAGCCUAAAUGUAUGGUUCACUCUGCUGGAGUAAGUAUUAUGGUGACUUCCAUUCAAUCACCCCCUCUAUAUCAUGUAUUCAUCAGGUACUACAGGAGAGCCUAAAUGCAUGGUUCACUCUGCUGGAGUAAGUAUUAUGGUAACUUCCAUUCAAUCACCCCCUCUAUAUCAUGUAUUCAUCAGGUACUACAGGAGAG